AUGUAUACUCAUGUUGGGGAGCAGAGCCUGCUGUCCGUUACGCCCUGGGUUGGAUCAUUUCGAACUGCCGCCAACACAUUGCUACGGCUGUGCACUCACCCCAUCUUGCUUCAAUGUGCACUGAUACUCGCCUCUCCUUUCCUCUGUGUCAUCCUCCCACCGGCCAUCUGCGUGUCCCUAAUUCGCUACUUCAUUAAAACCACCUGCAUCUCGUCUUAA